AACUCCGACCGAUGUCCCCCAUGCCUGGCGUAAGCUCUCCGCCAACGCCAGGCAUUGCAUCUGGGACACAAACGCCUAUCGGUCAACGACUGGUGGCGGCGAGAAAAGCCGAUGGCUAUAGAUUGUUCUCGGAUUUCAUUUCCUCGGACCCGCUACGAACUACAACCAUCUUCCGAAGGUUCGACCGUCUCGCUAUACGGAAUUUGCUUUACCUGGAAAGCGAAUUAGCAGCAUUGGAAAGCGAGGUUGAAACACUGGAUCAGGAGAUGAUUCCAGAAACGAUGAUCAACCAUCUAGAAGACUGGACUAUACUCAAGGCUGAGGCUGAGUACGCAGAAGAAUAUACUAGUGAGAACGUUUCCAAAGAGGAAGCUAGGACACAAGAAUUGAUGAUAGCACGGAUGCGGCUGAUCAANAAAACUUUGAAGUUGACGACCGAGAUACUUGCUAUUGAAAGGCCUGAGGAUGGUGACAUUGAAACGAAUGGACGUAUCUUCGUGCAGCCCGUCAAGGAAUCCGCUUGGGAUGAUUGGCAAGACAAGGCUGAAUCAGAUGCUAUUAUACAAGGAGCCAUGUCACGGCAUCUUUGCGACGAGAAUCGAAUGGACCUCUGCACCAUGGGGCCGCGAGUGGAAACAGAUGUCAUUUCCCGUCUGGUCGAAAGGACACAUCUAUUGCGAGCUUGGGUAAAGGAUGAAAAGACUGGCAUAAUCAGCCUGUCUAAGUGGAAGCGGCUGAACAAGAUCCUCACUAGCUUCAGUGUCUGUCUUGUGGUAGUCUGGCUCGUUGGUGGUAUAGUCGGCCUUUAUUGCUGGAAGUCGAAUACUGGCCGCUUGUGCUUACUCGGCUUUCUAACAAUGGGCUUUGCAUUCUCCGUUCUCUGGUUGACGAACGCACGAAGAUACGAUAUUUUUGCAGCAACGGCUGCAUACGAGGCUGUACUUGUCGUCUUCAUUGGCAGCACGCUUCAAAGUGCCGAACCUUUAAAUCAACCAAGUUCGACGUCGAAGAAGGUAGUGGCCAGAAAUCUUCAGCCUACUCGAACGUACCUUGCCUCUGGCCUUGAGGUCGGCUACACUCCGAACAAGACAUAUGCUGUCACGUUGGUGGGUGGGAUGCUUGUUACCGCCAGUGUGUUGCUCUGCGCUGUACUUUUGUUACAAUUGAGAAAAAGGCGGGUCAGGCUG